AUGGCCGCCAUACCGAGAACGCUGCGACCCCUCGCAAAAGCUACUACAUACAUUGCGCCUCUCUCACCAGCAACCAGAUCCCUUCCUCGAAGAAAUCUUCUGCCCAAGCGAACAUUCACGACUACCUCAAGGCGGCGCUAUGCUGAACCUUACAUGCCCGAUGACAUCGACACGGCCUCCCUGUCUCCGACCCCCAUCACUCACUUUUCGGAGACCGAGAGAAUGCUUGCAGAAUCUGUCUCCAGAUGGGCGAAUGAAGAGGUCGCGCCAAAAGUGAGGGAGAUGGACGAGAACGAGCAGAUGGACCCGGCCGUCAUUGAGCAGAUGUUCGAGCAAGGGCUCAUGGCAUUUGAGAUUCCUGAAGAGUAUGGUGGCGCUGGGAUGAACUUCACAUCUGCCAUUGUGGGAAUUGAGGAGAUUGCCAGGGUCGACCCUUCGGUGUCGGUUAUGUGUGAUGUACACAACACGUUGGUGGUGACGGCCGUUCUCAGGUACGGUAGUGAAGCAUUCAAGAAGGAGUGGCUUCCAAAGCUGGCUACGAACACUGUCGGAUCAUUCUGCUUGUCUGAACCUGCAUCAGGCUCCGACGCCUUUGCACUGAAGACCAAGGCAGAAAAGACGUCAAAUGGCUAUAAGAUCAACGGUUCCAAGAUGUGGAUAACCAAUUCCAUGGAAGCCGAAUUCUUUCUAGUUUUUGCCAAUCUUAACCCCGAGGCCGGGUAUAAAGGUAUCUCGGCAUUUGUCCUGACCAAAGAUAUGAAGGGCUUCAGCAUUGCCAAGAAAGAGAAGAAGCUUGGUAUCCGGGCUUCCAGCACCUGCGUCAUUAACUUUGACGAUGUCGAAAUUCCCAAGGAGAAUCUCCUGGGUCAGGAAGGGCAAGGCUACAAGUAUGCAAUCAGUCUUUUGAACGAAGGGCGUAUUGGUAUUGGCGCGCAAAUGACGGGGUUGGCUCUGGGAGCUUGGGAGAACGCCGCCAAGUACGUGUGGAACGACCGGAAGCAGUUUGGCAAAUUGAUCGGUGAGUUCCAGGGCAUGCAACAUCAACUUGCGCAAGCCUACACCGAGAUCUGUGCCGCCCGCGCACUGGUCUACAACGCCGCUCGAAAGAAGGAGGCGGGCGAGGAUUUUGUUACCGAUGCCGCCAUGGCCAAGUUGUAUGCCAGUCAGGUUGCCGGGAAAGUCAGUGGACUAGCUGUUGAGUGGAUGGGAGGCAUGGGGUUUGUCCGUGAAGGCAUCGCCGAGAAGAUGUUCAGAGAUAGUAAGAUCGGGGCCAUCUACGAGGGAACGAGCAACAUCCAGCUCACCACGAUAGCCAAGGCGCUGCAGAAGAAGUACACAUCAUAG